GGGGAAAGGAAACGGUGAAGAGCUCUUGAUAUUCUACACAGAGUCAAGUACGGGGAGGCCGGAUGCAUCUGGAUACCGGUUCAACCAAUAAAACAUUAAAAUCACUAACAAUAUCAACAACCCCGAGAGAGCUCAUCCAUCAAUCCGGUAUCCAGGUGCAUCCCGUCUCCCCGUACUGUACUAUAUGAUAUCCCAUGCUCGCCCGGUUCAUCUCUCCAGCCCGGCUCUCCCAAGCCAGAAAGCUCACAUCCCUCAAGAUGACCAACCCAGUCGAAAUCAGCGUAUACCCACACGCCACCGGCCUGGCCGCCACCUCCGCCGCCGCCCACGAGGCAGAACACCCCCUCAAGCUCUACGGGAGCUGGUUCUGCCCCUUUGUGCAGCGGGCCUGGGUCGUGCUGCACGAGAAGAAGAUCCCCCACCAGUACGUCGAGAUCAACCCGUACAACAAGUCGCCCGAGUUCCUGGCCCUGAACCCGCGGGGGCUCGUGCCCACGCUCGGCGUGCCCGCCGGCACGUCCGGCAAGGACCCCAAGCCGCUGUACGAGAGCCUCGUGCUCUGCGAGUACCUGGACGAGGCGUACGCCGACGAGGCGCGGUUCGGGCCGCGGCUGCUGCCCGGGGACGCGUACGAGCGGGCGCGGUGCCGGCUCUGGGCCGACCACGUCGCCACCAAGGUCGUCCCUGCGUACUACAAGGUGCUCAUGCACACGCCGGACAAGGCCCACAGCAUCGAGGACGCGAGGGCUGAGUUCCUCGGCAGCAUCGAGACGCUGGUGGGGCAGAUGGGCGGGGGCGGGCCGUGGUUCCUCGGGGACCGCUUCAGCCUCGUCGACGUGAUGCUGGCCCCCUGGGCUGUGAGGCUGUUCCUGCUCGAUCACUACAAGCCCGGGGGUUCGGGGAUCGACGAGGCAAGGGCCAAGGACCAGACUACCUGGGCGAGGUGGCAGAAUUGGUUCGAUGCCAUCACCUCGAGGCAGAGUGUCAGGGAGACGUCGAGCGAUGAUGAGAAAUACAUCGACUACUACAGGUCGUAUACUCAGGGCACGACCCCGUCCAUCGUUGGGCAGGCCACGCGCAAGGGGUGAGAGGCUGCCCUGAGGGGAAUUUUAGGACUUGAAAUUGGAGCACUAUGGUCUACCCAACCGGCCAUUGAUGCUGGACGCCAUCCCAUGACAGUAUUCAUGUUGCCCCAACGUGGUGAUAAUGUCCUAUCUGCACAAUCCAACCGCCGCCUUGUAAUUCUUUCUUGGCACGUUGCUGAUGCUACGACGGAUGCUAGGUGGUGUUGACUAAAGAGAUGCCCUGCUUAUCGUGAUAAGUUGGGCAGUGCCUGGAUAAUCGGGUACUUAAGAAGUCAAUCCCGGAAUUUUAUGGCUACGA